AUGGAUGAUGUCCAGCGGAUAGUGCACCACACCCAAGCAGAGUACGACAAGCGAGGAAGAGGUCGCAAAAGGGUGCUGCAGUGGCUGCACAGUUUCUCCAUCCGCAUUGCCCAUUACGAACGUGUCCUCGACGCAUUGGCACAGCAUCACCCGGAGUAUGUGUCGCUUGCAUGGGGGGCUCUGAAGUUGGUUUUUACGUACGCUAAGGGGAUCAUCAACCACCAUGAGCUUGUGGAAAAGCUUGCCGAAGCUUUAGCCAGCAUCGGUGACAUACUGGCCCAAGUCAAGCUUACCGCGGAGCUGUAUCAAACAGAAAGGAUGGGACAAGCCAUCGCGCAGCUCUACGUCUGUAUCAUCAAGUUCUUCGUCAAGGUGAUUAUAUGGUACAAGCACGGCUCAGGAACUCGCAUGGUACUAUCCAUCUUCAAUCCUUUCGAUGUUUCGUUCAAGAACACUUUGGAACAGCUCAGGGACGUUACAGAUACAAUCAACAAUCUUGCCAAUCAGGCCAACCAAGCAGAGGUUCGAGACAUUCACGGCAUAGUCAGAGAAGUUAAUGGCAAGCUGCACGAUGUUCAAGGCAGGGUACAAGACAUGCGGGACACCAUUCAAGAUGCCCAUGGGACAAUCAAAGACGUCAAGGGUGAAGUCGAUGGCAUGAAACUUUGCCUACAGAUGCUCAUGGAUAAAUUCGGUCAGAACAUGGUCGGCUGCGAGUACUACAGAGACGCUGUUGCCAAAGCUGUGGACGCUCGGAUGUACCUUGCCAGCAAGCCUUUGUUGAACGUUCGAGACGGCGAACGUUUUGGGCAGUCCGUCCUUUCCCAACUGAAAACUUCGCUGGACCCUGAACGGAAUCUCCACAAACAGCAGGUUCUGAUCAAAAAUCGCCAGAAAAAGCCCGGAUACGUCUUCGACGUAGGCAGCGUCCUCGCCGCACUGAAUCAGUGGAGCUCAUGUCCAAACUCCUCUCUCCUGGUACUUCAAUCGGCACCUCGAGCCAACGUUGCGGCCAAAAGUCUAUGCGUCCAGUUAAUUACCCAAAUCCGUAUUCAUCACGACAACGUUUUCUACAUCCUGUCUCAACCGGGCUCCGAAAAAUAUGAGCCCUCUAUGGAGAACAUUUUGAAGAGUCUCGUGGCCCAAGCCAUAGGCCGGGACAGCAAGAUCCUGCCGAGUUUGCACGAUGGCUUCAACUUUGACAAAGUGAUAGCUAGCCACUCUGAGGGAGAAUGGCUGGAGCUUCUGGGCCGCAUUCUCUGUAAGAUUGGCAUGUCCGUCAUCAUCGUGGAGAGCGAGGAUCUCUACCGGCUUAACGGCGGCGACGAGGCGUGGCGGCUUCGCUUCCUUUCAACUUUCAAGCAAUUGACACAGUACGUUGAAGCAGCUGGUGCGACUUUGAAAACGCUCGUGUUGAGCUUCGGCGCCUCCGCUCAGCAGGUAGUGGCUACAUUGGGAAGUGGACCAAACAUCCUACAGGCAACGGUUCAUCGAGCAUCUCCGUUGCCUCCUCGCUUGAAACGAUCAGCUGCGGCAAGAUCGGAGAAGCAACGGAAGAGUCUGCGGGCACUUGAGCUGAAGCUUUAG